AUGCUCUCCACGUUCCUCCUGACUGCAAUCGCCGGACUAUCCGUAGCCAGUCCAACCAUCGUUCACCGCCAGUCGGGUGCUGUCUAUCCCGACGUUGCCGACACGCGCUAUGCAACAACUGAAGCCGUCAACAUCGUCCAAGAGUACUUUACGGCAAAGAGUCUCCACGACGUUCAGCGCUGGAUCGGCUACUUCGACACCACCGAAGGAGUCUAUGUCGACGCAACUUUGGGCACCUUCUUUUCUCAGCCAGAUCUUCUAGCAACCUUCGAACCCGUUGUUGCCGGUUGGACCGCGGAUGCGAAGUCCUACCCACUGCGAAUCGUUGGCGAUGCCAACAGCGCCGUGGUCACUUUUGUCGACACUCCGGCCGUCUUUGGCGCGGAAAUGCGCUUGAUCGCUGCGUUUGACUUCCGCGACGGCAAGGUCUUGCGCCAGGUCGACUACUGGGACUCACGCCUCAACCCUGUUUCGGCGUAUCGCGUGCCUGAUGACCAGUUCCCCACCGAUUUCGCCGAAUCGCGUGUAGCAUCUCAAACCAAUGAGAGUAUCCGACGCGCUGCAGAUGAGCUCCACGCAGCUCUCACCGGGGGCAAUGUCUCCGCCGUGGCUGACCUUCUGACUUUCGAUGCUGUCCUACAGGACUUUACCACUCGCACACGCAUUGAAGGCAAGGCGGCCAUUGAAAGAUACCUGAACAGAGCUCUGCCCACUUUGCCCUACGGUUCCGGUGCUGCCGUCCGCCACGUUGUUGGAAGUGCCGUGGGUGGAGCCUAUGAGUGGAAAGGUCGUUCUGGAAGCGGGGCCGACAACGGAAUCACAGCUCUUCUGCUGAACUCUGAGGGCUUCAUCACCGAGGCCACCACUAUUUGGGAUGCUUCUCAGUUUGACAACUCCACUCUUCAGGCUCUUGCUGGAUUUUCAAUUGAAUAG